GAGAAGAAGGAAGAGGAGCAGGAGUAACAGGAGGCGGAACAGGAGGCCGGUCAGGAGAAGCAGGAUCAGGAGGAGGAUCAAGAGCAGGAGGGGGAUCAAGAACAGGGGGAGGAUCAAGAACAGGAGGAGGAUGAAGAGCAGAAGUCGGAGCAUGGGGAGGAGGUGGAGCAGGAGAAGGAGGAGGAUCAAGAGCAGGGGGAGGCCGGUCAGGAGGAUCAAGAGCAGGAGGGGGAUCAAGAGCAGGAGGGGGAUCAAGAGCAGAAUGAGGAUCCGGAGCAGGAUCAAGAGCAGGAUGAGGAGCCGGAGCAGGAUCAAGAGGUGGAGGAAAGCGCAGCAGGAUGA